AUGGCGGAAAAAAUUGUUGUGGACUCUGAUUACUACACUCUGACGGAUGACUGGGAGCCUGAAGACUUUCAGUCGGAAACCACAUCUAUCGCCUCAUCAAUUGCGAAAGGUCGAUUGGAAAAUGGCAGACGAUACCAGGCUCUGAAAGAAGAUGACUAUUGGAGUCCUUCGGAUGAACAACAAUUUGAGGCUUUUGAGAUUGGUCAUAUGAUGUUUCUCGUGCUAGAUCAUGACCGUGAAAACCCUCUCCACCAUGCUCCUAUUGGCAAAUCUCCUCGGCAUAUUUUGGACAUUGGGACCGGGAAAGGAACAUGGGCCAUUGAUGUGGCGGAUUUGUAUCCAUCUGCAACUGUCCGUGGCGUCGACAUGUUUCCUCCUCCCGUGACAUGGAUGCCACCCAACUGUGUAUUCGAAGUAGACGAUAUCCUCCAGCAGUGGACCUGGAAAGAGCCAUUUGACUUUAUCCACAUGCGUCAGAUGCUGGGGGCAUUUGCACCUAAGGGAUGGGAUCAACUAUACAAGCAAUGCUACGAUGCUCUCACUCCAGGCGGUUGGAUCGAGCAGAUCGAACUAGAUGUACGAGUUUACAGCGACGACGGCACCCUGAAAGAAGGCGGGGCUCUAGCCACAUGGGGAGAUAAUUUCAUCGGCUGCUCCGAACGAGCCUGCCGCUCCCUCCUGACACAGGAGACAAUGCGAGGCGCAAUGGAGAAGGCUGGGUUUAUCGAUGUACAGGAAAAGCUGUAUAAGAUUCCUUUAGGGCCGUGGCCGAGAGAAAAUUUUCUCAAGGAAGUCGGGCAGCUUCAAUACGCUCACUGGGUUGCUGCGCUAGAGGGCUGGGCGAUGUGGUUCCUCACCAAAUUCGGUGCGCCCACUCCCUGGACUAAGGAGGAGGUGCAGGUGUAUCUGUCCAAGGUUCGAGCGGAGUUAAGGAACCCCCGUACCCAUGCUUACGAAUACGCUCGCCGAGUCUGGGGUAGAAAGCCUACCGCAGAGGAGAAAAUGGUUCAUCCGCCGAUCAAGGUCGAGCCUGGGCUUUAA